AUGGAGUGGGUGCACUGGCUCUAUUGGCUUCUCAUUUUCCUCUUCUUUGCCGGAUCCUUCUAUCUACUCCACAUUCCUCUACCACACGAUAUAUCCGACCGCUCAAAGUUAGCAGUGGCAGAGUUUUUGUUGAGAUUGUCGAAUGAAUACUUGGUGAGUAGGUUCCUGGUUUCGAUUUGAAUUUAAAAAGUAUUUUCCAAACUCCUGCAAAUUCCAAAUUUCUUGCAAAAACUUGUAAAAACGGUCUCAAUAUUUCUUCCAACAACGUUAUCUCGGGCUUCAAAUGUGCCCGGCAAAAUUUGGGUACACGUUUUGAAUCCUGACGACAAGAUGUGAACCAUGGUACUGAACAAGUAGAACAGUUUGGAACCUCUGGAAGCGUUCUGAAGCUUGAAAAAAAAACAACUUUUCACAAAUCAAACUGUUACUGUUUCAGGGUGAUUUGUUCGAAAAUGUGUUUGGAGCAACGGUAAGGAACAAGGUGACAAGAUUUGUGAUGGGUAUCGGUUUUUUGAUCCCGAUGAGACCGCCGAAAGGAAUAACUGUAAGUUGUUUCUGUAAUUUUUUCGAAGAAUUUCCCGAUAACUUGUAAUAGCCGGGCCGGCCGGCUCGUUGGCCCGGAUCAUGCCAACUUUGUACCCUAGUCUUUCCAUUUCAGAGAAAAAGGGCCCGCAUCGCAGGAGUAAGUUGCAUUACUUACGACAUCGAAAAGAAACAAUCAGACGGUAUUCUCGUCUUCAUUCACGGUGGCGGCUGGUGUGUUGGUGAAGCUCGUGAGUCGAUCGAUUCAAAAUCAGACAAUACCUCAGAUCUUGAGGCUAUUACGAUGGAAUCAUGUAUCAACUGGUCGAGAAAAUCGGUUGCUGUGCAGUUUCCAUCAAUUAUCGCUUAGCACCGGAACAUCCAUUUCCGGCAGGACUCAAUGAUUGCUCUGCUGUUGUAAAUGAGCUUCAUGAAACCGGGUGAGCAUUGCUAAAAAGACAUGACGGGCCAAAACUAUGGACAAACUUUUAUUGAAUGGCUAAUUAACGGUUAAUGCUAUUAUUUUCAGAUGUGAAACUCUUCAAUUCAACAAGCGAAAGAUUCUCAUUGGUGGAGACAGUGCCGGUGGAAACUUGGCAGCGAUAGUCUCUCAAAGACUUGUACAAGACAAAAAAGACUUUGUGAAAGGUCAAAUUUUGAUCUACCCGGUGAUUCACGUCUUCAAUUUCCAAAGCGCAUCGUAUCAAGAUUACUGGAAGACGUAUGCAGGAACAGCACUUCUGAAUCCGAAGCAUAUGGCCAGAUGGAUAUUGUUGUAUCUUGGAUUUGAAGCAUCCAAAGAGAACAUCAAGAAAGUCAUGAACUCUCAGCAUGCUCUACCGUAGGUUGAGAGAGUUUUUUCAAUUGAACGAAUGUUUUCCAGGGAACUAGCCGAUCAAAAGCAGUAUUCUCGUUGGUUGUACCACUUGAAAGAACGAAAACCGGAGAAAAAGAUUGAUUAUGAGUUGGCUGAGAAAUUUAUGAAAAUCGGAACCAACCCAGAUGUUUCGCCUCUGUUUGGAGAUACUGAAGGUUUGCCGCCAGCACUGGUUCUCACUGCUGGAUAUGACGUUUUGAAGUGAGUUAAGUUUAAGAGGCAAUGUCUGAGAAGUUCAAAAACUGCAGGUCACUAAAAAUUCAGAAUGCUUCAAUUUGUCUCAUAUUAUACCCAAUGGGUACUUACAUAACAGUGAUACAUCAGACAAGUUUUGGUCCGGCUCCGUAGUCUCUAGUCCGAUCACGGUCACAAAAUAGGUCAAACCUGUAACUAAUUUCAAAAAAAUGCUAGCGUCUCAGACUUAAGGCCAUUCGAUUUCUCGCAUCUUUUUAAGCAUUUUUCAUGUUGGCACCAAAAAUUUAUCACCUUUCCUUCAUAGAGAAAUUUCGGAUUUUUCGUGAAAAAGUUGAGUUGUUGUGCAGUUUUCCUCCGUGGUGAAAAUUUUUUGCACUUCAUAGCCACGAUUUUAUUUCAAAUUCAUAAUCUACGGACAAUUUUACGUCGAUAUACCAUACUGUCGCACAUUUGCCGAUUGACAUCAAAGGAGUUUUUUUCAAAAGUUUGAUCCGGUCUCAAAAAAAAGUUUCUGUUCUGCUCUUGGAAAACUUACAGAAACAAGGGAAUUCCUGUUUAUAGACGUUUUUCAUGCUAAAAACUGUAAUUCUGUUAUGUAUUCGUCAGGUACAGCUUUGUAAACGUAGCGAUUAAAACAUGUUGAAAUUUUUUGUCAGCCGGAUAGAUUUUUCGAGAUGUGUUCGCUUUUACCCAAUAUUUUAUGCUUUCUCUCGUUUUUAUUUUUCAAUGUUCAUCUAACUUUUUGUGAAGCAUUUAUUUGGUCGUUCUCCGAUUGAUUCAAGAACGGUAAACAAGAAGUACAUAUUAUAGGGGCACCGCACAGAAAUGGCGCUCUGUUGAGAAACUCUUUUUGCAGUUCAAAUUGAGCGACCUCGGGACCGAGUUUGAAAAGUUAGGCCACAUUUUCAGUAGAAAAUUACUUCGCGGCCUAGAAAUUCGGCCAGAUUGCGAACAGCGCGCCUUUUCCGUUUGGUGCCCCUAUAAUACACAUGGGGCAACACUCAACAACAAAAGUACAUCAAAUAGGUAUAAGAGCACAAAGCAAAUUUUGGGUAGCUAUUCUUCUUCCUAUUUUCAAACUGCUGAUAUUAUUAGAUCGUCAAUAUUACAGAUUAUAAUGAAACUCAUUGUUUUCCUGAUUGUACAGUUGCUCUUGCAAUGGUCAAUUUGUUCCGUCAAGCAAUUUGAAGUCAUUGACUGGAACAUACGAGUUCCAACAUGCCGGAUACACUUCAACUGUGAUUGGGUCUAUUGAUGAAGAACGAAAUGCUGUACUGUCGCAGAAGCAGACCAAGUUUUGGUACUUUCCGGAAUGUACUAAGUCAACUGAUUCUCAAAACACUGCUUGCAUUGAAGAAGAAGAUGAAAAUGAAGUGGAAAGCGAUGAAGUGAGACCGCGGUACGAAGACGCUUUGGAAAAGAUAUUUACAUGCCCAGAGGAAGGAUGCUCAGCUACAUUUUUGAGAUAUUCAAGCGUGGUCGAGCAUGUUGAACGUGGACAACAUAUAAUUCGACCUGAACGGCAGCAGACACUUCGUGAUUUUUCAUUGAAAUAAUUUAUUCGUGGUUUGGAAGAAGUGGUCAAAAAGUUGCCCAAUAAUUUCGAAUGCUGUGAAAAAACUGAAGGAGACGAACGAGAAGACGGAAUUGGAGGACGGAUGGGUACUUCAAGUAAGAAAUGUCGACAUGCGGAUCCGAGAAUUGUUGAAAAGAGAAUGGCAGAAGCUAGAAAUCCGGACGGUUCUAAGCGGUUUUCAAUGGAUCAAAGGAAAGACUUCCGUCAGAUUGCCGGGUUCUUCUCCCGUGAAGCAGCGAAAAGGCAAUCAAAAGCAGCACGAUCGCGAUGCGCUCAAGAAAUGAAGGAUGACUCGUGGAAGGAAGUAGUUUUCCACUGAAAAUGUGGCCUAACUUUCAAACUCGGCCCCGAGGUCGCUCAAUUUGAACUGCAAAAAGAGUUUCUCAACAGAGCGCCAUUUCUGUGCGGUGCCCCUAUAAUAUGUACUUCUUGUUUACCGUUCUUGAAUCAAUCGGAGAACGACCAAAUAAAUGCUUCACAAAAAGUAAGAUGAACAUUGAAAAAUAAAAACGAGAGAAAGCAUAAAAUAUUGGGUAAAAGCGAACACAUCUCGAAAAAUCUAUCCGGCUGACAAAAAAUUUCAACAUGUUUUAAUCGCUACGUUUACAAAGCUGUACCUGACGAAUACAUAACAGAAUUACAGUUUUUAGCAUGAAAAACGUCUAUAAACAGGAAUUCCCUUGUUUCUGUAAGUUUUCCAAAAGCAGAACAGAAACUUUUUUUUGAGACCGGUUCAAACUUUUGAAAAAAACUCCUUUGAUGUCAAUCGGCAAAUGUGCGACAGUAUGGUAUAUCGACGUAAAAUUGUCCGUAGAUUAUGAAUUUGAAAUAAAAUCGUGGCUAUGAAGUGCAAAAAAUUUUCACCACGGAGGAAAACUGCACAACAACUCAACUUUUUCACGAAAAAUCCGAAAUUUCUCUAUGAAGGAAAGGUGAUAAAUUUUUGGUGCCAACAUGAAAAAUGCUUAAAAAGAUGCGAGAAAUCAAAUGGCCUUGAGUCUGAGACGCUAGCAUUUUUUUUAAAUUAGUUACAGGUUUGACCUAUUUUGUGACCGUGAUCGGACUAGAGACUACGGAGCCGGACCAAAACUUGUCUGAUGUAUCACUGUUAUGUAAGUACCCAUUGGGUAUAAUAUGAGACAAAUUGAAGCAUUCUGAAUUUUUAGUGACCUCGUGUAAUUAGCGAAUUUCGAGGUUCUCAGACAUUGCCUCUUAAUAGCAGACUUGUAGCGGCCCGUCUAAAAGUGGAAUUAUAUUCUCUAUUGGUGUCGCAAAUCGCCGAUUUUUCAGAGACGAGGGAAUUCAAUAUGCCGAAAAGUUGAAAUCGACCGGAGUUCGCACCGAAUGGCAUCACUUCCCUCGUGCUUUCCACGGACUUUUCAACAUGCCCAACAGUGUGGAUCGUGUAGAAAUGAUGCAAGUUGUUGUAGAUUUUGCCAAAGGACUUUUGUAG